CCAGGAUCCCAUGAUUCCUUCAGCUUCUACAUUGAUGAAGCCUCUCCAGGUCCUGAACAACCAGAAACUGUCCAGAAUUUUGUCUCUGUGUUCGGAACUGUAGCCAAGAAGCUGAUGCGGAAAUGGUUAGCCACUCAAACAAUGAACUUUACUGGUCAGCUAGGAGCUGGAAUCCGUUAUUUUGAUCUUCGAAUUUCCACCAAGCCCAGAGAUCCCGACAAUGAACUCUAUUUUGCUCAUGGCUUGUUUAGUGCCAAAGUCAAUGAAGGUCUUGAGGAGAUCAAUGCAUUCCUCACAGAUCACCAUAAGGAAGUAGUAUUCUUGGACUUCAACCACUUUUAUGGGAUGCAGAAAUAUCAUCAUGAAAAAUUGGUCCAAAUGCUGAAAGACAUCUAUGGAAACAAAAUGUGUCCAGCAAUUUUUGCCCAGGAAGUUAGCUUGAAAUACCUGUGGGAGAAGGACUAUCAAGUGCUAGUCUUCUACCACAGCCCAGUGGCUCUGGAAGUACCAUUUCUCUGGCCUGGGCAAAUGAUGCCAGCACCCUGGGCUAACACCACAGAUCCUGAAAAACUGAUCCAGUUUCUUCAGGCAUCCAUCACUGAGAGAAGAAAGAAGGGCUCGUUUUUUAUAUCUCAGGUGGUGCUGACCCCCAAAGCUAGCACUGUGGUCAAAGGUGUGGCAAGUGGCCUCAGAGAAACAAUUACAGAAAGAGCUCUUCCUUCCAUGAUGCAGUGGGUCCGCACACAGAAGCCUGGAGAAAGUGGCAUCAAUAUUGUGACCGCUGAUUUUGUAGAACUUGGUGAUUUUAUCAGCACUGUCAUAAAGCUCAACUAUGUCUUUGAUGAAGGAGAAGCAAACACUUGA